AUGUCGGACAACUCGACAGCCUCAACAGCACCCUGGCCGCCACCAGACGCCCUCUCGCUGCCCCACGACACCAGACAGCCGGGGCUGUACGCCUGCGUCAUCACGACGUACGUGGCCAGCGCCAUCUUCGUGGCCCUGCGCUUCUACACGCGCGCGGUGCUCCUGGGGCGGCCUCUGAUCUCGGCCGACUGGUGCAUCCUGGCCGCGUGGCUGUCGACGGGCGGGCUGGUGGCGUCGUCCCUGGAGCAGCUGCACCACGGCAUGGGCCGGCACGUCUGGGACACGGACCCGGCCUCCUUCCCGCUGGGCAUCCGCGCCGCCUGGUACGGCUACGUGUUCUACAGCACCGCCAUGUGCCUGACCAAGGUCUCCAUCCUGCUGCUGUACCUGACCUUUUUGGGCGUGGGCAGGCGCGCGAGGCGGGCCGCCCUGGCCACGCUGGCCUUUGUCGUCGUGGCCAACCUCUGGAUCGCCGCGUCCAACUUCACCGCCUGCGUGCCCCUGCAGGCUUAUUGGGACUUUGGGCUGCGCAUGAGCCUGCGCGACCAGGGCCGCGAGGUCUACUGCCAUCCAAACAUGGUCUACUACGUCAACAGCUCCAUCAACGUCGUCACGGAUUUUGUUAUUUUUGCGCUGCCGCUGCCGGUGGUGCUGAGCAUGCGGAAGUUGGCGUGGAGGCAGAAGAUGGCCUUGUUGGGGCUGUUUGGGAUGGGAUUCUUCGUCUGCGUCAUCGCCAUCAUCCGCCUCGUCUUCCUCGUCUCCCCCUUCCGCGACCAGGACUACACGUGGAACAUAUCCAUCAACACCUUUUGGACGUCGACCGAGAUCAACGUCUCCAUCGCCGUGGCCAGCGCCAUGACCCUCCGCCCGCUCCUGACGCGCUGGUUCCCCCGCGCCUUUGUCUCCUUUGACGCCGCCGUCGCCGCCGACAAGCACGACAGCGCCCGCGACCAGGCCGCCCACAACCACAGCCUCGACCCCGCCAACUUUGUCAACGACGUCGCCGUCGCCCCGCCCACCAUCGGCAGCCGCAGGACCAGGACCGCCCACCGCGACGACCACGCGCGCGCCGAGAGCUGGAUCGACUUCCCCGGCAAGCUGGACGGCAGGACCCUGCACGACCUGGAACAGGGCGGCCUGGGCUUCAAGGACCUCUCCACCCCCACCACGGCGGUGUCGAGUCCCACCAGCUUCAGCCACGACUGCGCGACCGUGGAACCGGCCAUGCAGAGCCACGUGAGGCAGCGGUCCAGGGAUAAGAAUGAGGCAUGGCCUUUGCAUUGA